AUGCCUCCUCAGACCCUCAAGAUUGCCAUCGUUCCCGGCGAUGGCAUCGGCAGAGAGGUCAUGCCCCACGGCGUUCGCUGCCUCAAAGCCGCAGCAAAGACCUUCGACCUGUCCCUAGAGUUCGAAGAAUUCGACUUUGCCAGCUGCGACUACUAUGCUAAGCACGGUGACAUGCUUCCUCCGGAUUGGAACGCGACCCUCUCCAAAUUCGAUGCCAUCUACUUCGGAGCAGUGGGCAUGCCAGACCAAGUUCCCGACCAUGUCUCGCUGUGGGGCAGCCUCCUCAAGUUCCGGCGCGAGUUUGACCAAUACAUCAAUUUACGGCCAGCACGGCUGAUGCCUGGUGUCAAAUGCCCACUGGCCGGUCGCAAACCUGGCGAGAUUGAUUUCUGGAUCGUUCGUGAGAACACGGAGGGCGAGUACAGCAGUAUCGGAGGAAAGAUGUUUGAGGGUACCGAUCGUGAGACAGUGAUUCAGGAAACAGUCAUGACGAGGAUUGGCGUCGACCGCGUUGUCAAGUAUGCCUUUGAACUUGCCCAGACGCGUCCGAAGAAACACCUCACAAGUGCAACUAAGUCGAACGGAAUCAGCAUCACCAUGCCGUACUGGGACACGCGAGUCGCAGAGAUGGCCAAAAAGUAUCCCGACGUGAGAGUUGACAAAUUUCAUAUCGAUAUUCUGACCGCGUUCUUCGUCCAGCGUCCGCACGUCUUUGAUGUCAUCGUCGGGAGUAAUUUGUUCGGCGACAUUCUCUCGGAUCUAGGUCCUGCCUGCACUGGGACGAUUGGGAUAGCACCUUCAGGCAACAUAAACCCCGAGGGUAAAUUCCCUAGCUUGUUCGAGCCGGUGCACGGCAGCGCCCCAGACAUUUACGGCAAAGGCAUUGCGAACCCGGUCGGCAUGGUUUGGGCGGGCCAGAUGAUGCUGGAACAUUUCGGAUACGCAGAUGCGGCAGCCGCCAUGCUCAAAGCAAUCGAAAAUGUCCUGGCACAGUCAGAUGAUACGGUUCUUACCGCUGACAUGGGUGGCAAAGGUACGACGGUCAGUUUUGGCGAAGCCAUUGAGACGGAGAUCCUGAGUAUGAGCGGAUAG